AUGUUUUGGGGGAGUAAAAGAAGGAGGAUUUUAUCGCACAUAGAGUCUCUUCCCGAAGAUUUGGUUUUCGAGAUUCUUCUACAUCUCCCGGCCGAAGAUAUUUACGAGACGGCAGUUCUCGUUUGCAAGAAAUGGUACAACGCGAUCCAUAGCCGUAACUUCGUAUACAAGCACCUUCAGCAUUCAACUCCUGGACUUCUCGUGCAUUUAAUCGACAACCACGAUUCUCCCCAACCAAUCAAUAAACGUUUUCUGUUACCGGGACGAGGCUCGGUUGAGGUAUCGAAAUUCAGCUACGGGACCGUAGGAAGAGUUUGGGGUAGUUGUAAUGGUUUGAUAUUGGAGUGCGUGGAAACCGAGGACUAUUACAAUCUAUCUAUUGUGAAUCCCGUAAAAUGUGAAAUCUUUGGCCUCCCUUCGAUUUAUCUUCGACCUGACAUUGCUUAUCAUCCCAUGAUAGCAUACGCCGAGGCGUCGAAUCAGUAUAAAGUGGUCGUCAUGGGUUUUUACAUAUUCGAGCCUUCAGGAAUAGACAGUUGCGUUAUACUGACUGUGGGAGUCGAUAACUCUUGGAGGCGUGUCGAUAUCAAACACUUGGAUAUCGAUCGUUGUUUGAGUAGUCAAGGUUUUAUUCACUGGACUCGCAGUGAUCGAACUUGCGUUGCGAAUUUGAAUGUAGAGACUGAAAUUAUUACAGAGACGCCUGUUCCUCGAGGUUACGAGAAGAGAUUCAGGUAUUUGUCAAUGGGGAGUUGUCUGACUUUGCUCGUCGAGUGCGGCGAGUUUUCAUGGGAGGUUUUGAAGAUGAAACCAGAAACGGGGGAAUGGACUAAGAUGCCCAAGAUUGACUUGGAACCUCUAAAGGGCAAAUUCGUAAAUUUGGUAUGGGAAGACGUCUCACCAAUCGGUUGGUUAAAGGAGAAAGUGUUGGCCUUGGAAGUUUUUUUAUCUCCAGUUUGCGUUUUCUACAAUGUGCGUACACAAGAAAUCGAAUCCCUUGAGUUGGAACUCAAUUCUCAUGAGUAUUUAUUUAAUGUUCAUAAGAAUAGCUUGGUAUAG